GAAGAAUACCUAGAAUACCUAUAUAUAGUUUAUAAAAUCCUUAAUAAGGCUUAUAUCUAUAUUAGCGCUACUAAAUCCUUUAUAGGAUACCUAGCUAUAAGACUCCUUAGGUAUAUUAUAAACGGCAAAGGUAUUGCUAAAACUGACGACUAUUUUACUACCUUUAAGAAGCUAAAGUUUCUAGAUACUCUUAAUAGCUUAGUGUUACGAUUUAGCUACAUAAGGCAACCUAACAAGGCAUACGGAACCAAUUAG